UCUUAAUAUAGAUAUUUUUGAACUAUAAUGUGUCCAAAUUAAAUUGUGCGGUACGUUUAUAAGUAAUGCGAAUCAACCUCUUAAUAAUUGAUUUGUAUGUUUAUGUAAAUGUAAUUUACAUAAAUAUUGUAAAUAAAAUUUUUGAAUCGUGUCAAUAAACGUGUUUAAAUUCUCGCCUAUUAAUUGACUGGUUAUGGCAAAAGUGUACAAUUAAAGACAUGCGAAUCUCGUCGCGGAAUUGGGAGUUCGGAGGAAAGCUGGUAACAUUGAUCCGUAGGAAAUUCGUGAGCGUAGUCCCCUACUACCCGUACCACUGGCGGUGGGGAUGACGACAGGCGGAAGGGAGUACGGUACACCUUACGCCAGUAGGCGGAGCGUUUGACCGAAGAGUUAAUAGAGAUACAAUCGAGGGUGUCUAGUGCACUGCACUCCGGACUGCGGCGUAGGAGGAGUGAAGGGACAGGGGUGAGGAGGGACAGGCGGUAAGUAGGGACCCCAGGUCCCCUAGUUUAGACAUCACUGAGCGACGGAUGGACAGCCAGUCAGACCCGUCACAGCACUCGUUGGAGUACUCGGAAACCUCGGGAAAAGCCGAUAGCUGGAGUCCUCGGCUUGGACCGGCUCCAAAGACGAGCCGAUAAUUAACACGCGCCGUGAACCAAACUAUACCGGGGACGUAUGAGUAUUUCUAAGAACUGCUACGUGAUCUCCCUACGUUCACGACACGUUCGAAAUUAUUAUAACGGAUUCGACAAUUUUGAAGGAUUGAUUGAACAGUGAACCACAACAACAACACGAAGAGAUUCGUGGUAGCCUUCGAGGAAUGCAGCGCAUGGACGAUAUGCUCGACACGGUUAUUGGUGACACGUGAAUAGUGUAUACAAGAGAUUUUCGAAAUUAACAAUUUAGAGAGAUUUGCAUCUAUUGCGUGACGACGGAGGAUUUUUAAUUAAUGCGACAGAGCGGCUCAUUGACAGCAGUGAACAGUGAAAACGCGUGUUUUCUUUUCAAUACAGCCGCAACGAUACAGUGUCACGAAUAACUUUCCGUUUUGUAUUAUCGGACAAAAGUAUUUUGAUGUACAUAAAUAUAUAUUAAAAUGAGCGUAGCACUUGUGACUAUGGAUGCCACGUAUGGAAGUCUACUGGGAGUCACCAGUCACCUUCACCACCACCACCACCAUCAUCAUCAUCACCGUCAUCACGUGUUGUCGCCAGAGAGCCAUGUAGUGCCGCAUCAAGAUCGUCAGCCGGAUGACCAGCAGGCCACCGAGACGCCGUUACGCUUCAGCGUCGUCAACAUUCUCAGGCCAGAUUUCGGCCGUGAAGCCAUUCUCACGACGAAACAACCUGUUUCUACUAUAUCGUUACCGCGCAGUCCGCUUCCGCUUCCACGUGACCUCAGCCUAUCGUCCACCCGACUAUCACCGCAGUCGGUCCACAAAGAAAAGGACAAUUUCCCGUCUCUCUCUCACAAUGGACUCACGUCACCUUUGCACAGGCAAAGCGGAUUGAGCAGAAGCGGCAGUCUCGAAAGUCUCGCGUCUAGCAGGAGCUCGGUCACUAGUAGCACAGUCACCGGUCCAUCCUCCUUAUGUUCCACGUCAUCCACGAUCGGCGCCGAUUCUCUAACCGGCGACAACACAUCUGGCGGCAGUACCGGUAGCACGUCAACAAGUCAGAAAAAUGCUACUAAUGGCCAGAGUCAAUUGUGGCCCGCGUGGGUCUACUGUACCAGAUAUUCGGACAGACCGUCCUCAGGACCGCGCACGAGGCGAGUGAAACGCUCGCAGGACGGGAAGCCCAGCGCGCCGGAAGAGAAGAGGCCUAGGACGGCCUUCAGCGCCGAACAACUCUCCAGGCUGAAGCGGGAAUUCACGGAGAAUCGAUAUUUGACGGAAAAGAGGAGACAACAGCUCUCGCGGGACCUGAACCUCAAUGAGGCUCAGAUCAAGAUCUGGUUUCAGAACAAGCGGGCGAAGAUAAAGAAGGCGAGCGGUCAGAAAAAUCCGUUGGCCCUCCAGCUAAUGGCGCAAGGUCUUUACAAUCAUUCCACCGUGCCGGUGGACGAGGACGGCGAGGAGAUUGUAACCGGAAGGAAUCAUUGAGACUCGCAUAAAUUCAAAUGGCAGCGACGAAACGGAGAGUUAGAGACUAGAAUGACACAUGGCUACAUAUAAGCGCUCUGAGAAGUCUUUGUCAGCGUUGAGCGCUGUCGACGAAGAGAAAGCCGUCAAAAUAUUAUUUAUGAAGAAAUUCCGAGUACAUGUAAUCAUUAUGAUUGAGUUAAGACUGAGAAUGAAGAGCUGGGGAAUAAGAAAUAAAACUGUCCUAAUGGGGAGUGAAAUCCGCGUAACGAUUUUGUAACAGUGCAAUGGCAGAAUAGUUGACAUUAAAUAAAUCGAUAUAUAUUUAGUCGGUAGAUAGGAUGUUUUUGCAAAAAUGUGUGCGAAGAAACUUUUAUAGGGUAUCGUAGGAAAUUAUUUGGUUUCGAUAAUUCCAUGCUUAAAUUAGAAGAAUAUUUACAGAAUCUGAAGAGUUUUAAGUAAGCAAAAUUAUUGUACUUUGUAAACAUAUGAUUAAAAAAAUAGAAAUGGGGAGAUCUUAAGGGAAAUAAUAAUAUAUUAGUGCCCAUAUCUGCAACCAUUCGAUAGAUUUUAUUCUCUAUGGAAACUUUCGUGUUAGUUCUCAUCUAUCGUCUAUUUCUAAUCUGUCGCAAAAGAAAAGUCAUCUGCGUACGAUAUCUUUAACAUUUUCAAACUCAAAUCGAGAGAGUGUUUUGGUCGUAUGAAGAAAAUCAUUUACUAGCGUAUAACGACUGAAAUGUAGAUUGUUUCUAGUGAAUUCUGAGACUUACACUUAUUAUAGUAGCUAUACGUAUCAGAUAGAAUUCAAUUAGAUUGCAAGACGAAAAUUUCCUGUCAAUUUAAGCGUGAAUUAUUUAUUUGUACAUAAUGUGUAAAUAUAACGAUAGUUUUGUGCCCUUGUCUAUAUGUAAGAUAUAAACUAAGAGAUUAGAUGGCGAUUAUUAUUAUUCAUUGCGCGCGUGAAACCAUCUCACAUUGUAUAUUCUUCAUUCUUGUAUACAAGUCUAGAUACAUAUGUUAUACCUAUAGCUUAGAUGGAAAGUACGUAUAACAUAUAUAUCCUAGUGUUUUCCGCAAUAAGUGAUCAUAAUAUUCCAUGUAAUUCGCUUAUACUUCAUCGCCGAUUAAAUCGAAGUAAAAAGAACAUUUUACCCUCGA